CUCCGGUCGCGGCGGCGCGGUGCGGAGCCCCCGGGGCGGGCGGCGCGCUGGGCCUCGGCGCAGGUACGGGCCGGGCCGCAGGAACCGAACCCUCCCGCCUCCCCUCUCCCCUUCGGUCCGCGGUGCCCCAGAGCGGCCCUGUGGGGGAAGGCUGCGGGUGGGGCUGCGCCGCCCUGGGGAGAGGAUCCGCUGCGGCGUUUUGGUGUCGUUUGGUUUCAGGUGGAGGGCUUCUUUGCCGAGGCCUGGAGCGGUGGGGUGAGGGGCGGCGGCGCAGCGCUGGGAAAAGCCGUUCGGGAGGAGGGAAAUUGACGCAUUGGGGGCGGUGAGGCCCCGCGCCGGGCUGCGCACGGGGGUGGGUGCCCCACAGCGCUGGGAGUUCGUGGGUUCACGGCUUUGGGCCCUUGGUCUGCUGAAGGAUGGCCCUGCCCACUGCAUGGGGCUGGGGGGGGCUUUGGGACCCUCCCGACCCCGGGCAUCCUAUGGCUGCAGACACUGCAUGCACCUCCUGACACCGUGGGGUGCUUAGGAGAGGCUUUGUGAAAUAACUGCCACCUAAGGACAACCUACCUCUGUCACAGCUCCUUUUCCUGGCCCUCCAGGCACACAGCUCACGUGGCAGCCGUCACAGCCCUUCUGCAGUACUGUGGGGCUGCAGGUCUGUCUGGCCUGGUCUGGUGGCUGACAGCCGGUCCUGCCCCGUGGCGACCUGUUGGGAGCCCCAGAAUGGCCUCAGUGAGGUGUAGAGCACUGCCAGCUUUCUGAAAUGGUGCUUGGCUAGAGAGAAAAUAGCUAUUGUUCUGCUCAGUCUUUCCAGCAUCUCUCAUCAUUUUCCUUAGUCAUUAUUCUCUGGUCUGCUCGUUUUCUUGCAGAGAAAAGCCUGUGUUCUUCUCCCCAGGAGAAUGCUGCUUGCUUGCUUCUUUUUAAAGCUAGCAUGUAUGGUCUUAAAGGCCUUAAGCUCAAGUUGUCAAAGUUUUGGGUUUUUUUUAUAAAUUUGGAAGAUUAAUAAUUCCUCUCAUCUCCCCAUUACCAAAUCACCUUACCGUGGCAAUGGUUAUAUUAAAAUAAAAGCAGCACAUCCAGGGCUGUCCCAGUCAGACACACACAGUAUGAUAAAACCAAUCUGGAUAGCUCCAUUAGGGCUCCUGUGGGGAGGUGCUCUGUGUGUUUGAUGCUAUCAUUACCUGUUGGCAUAUUAUUUUGGUGCCUUUCAAUAUCUGCAGACUGUCGGUUCUGGAACGAGGUUUGCUCAUUUUGGUCUGCCACCCAAAACAGACGCUGCUGCUGUGCUAAAUAUGGGGAAAUGAAGGUUGGUCUUUAGUUAAAAACCUGCUGGUGCACCUGGAAAGUUUGUGCAGCUUCUCCUACUGGGUAAUAAGUAGGGGUUGAAUGCGAGUGGCAGAUGGAAGAAGUCCUUCUUGUGUUAAUACAGGUUUGGAUGCAUUAGUGACCCAGAAAUCAGUGUUUUUAGGGUGGGAAAGAGGUUUAUUUGGUAUUUGAUGUGUGGCUGCUGCAACCACAGCUCUGUGAGUUCUGCCUCAGCUCAGGGUUGGGCUUCAGCCCUCUUUUCUGUGCUGCUUUAGACCGAGGGAUGGAAAACAAAUGGUGACACUGCUGCCAAGUGUUGACCUCUUGGAGGGACAUGGGGUGCCCGAUGUCCAUAGGAACGUUUGUGUGGUUCUCAUGGUGUUGCUUAGCAUCAUUUGAUGGCUUGAGAUGCAGCGAUGCUGUCCUUCCCUCCAUCUGAAGCCAUGCAGCUUAGGAGAUGUACGUAAGAUCUACACUAGGGGGUGUCGUAGUUUCGCUUGCAACCAGGCAACCAUCUUGUUGAGAGCAGGCUGCAGGGCAGGUUGCUCCCAGCCAGCAAAGCUGCCUCUCUUGUUUUGAAGGAGCCCUGCUGCAGUGCACUUGGGCAUUUUUGACCUAUUUAAUUACACUGCUCAAUGCUUUAAAAACCCUUCUUUUUUUUUUUUCCAACCAAAGCAGGUGGUACCUACACCAAGAGCUACAGUGCAGAUCUGUGGGGUUUUUUUUUUUGGGGGGGGGGGGGGGAGAAAGCCUAGAAAAAAGGAUAACAUCUAAAGAAGCAGCCUGUGAAGCAUAUUGAUUCCAGGCUGGUGUUCGCUUUGAUGUUUGCGGAUCACCUUAGGACUGGCAAUAACCCCAAAACUCUUGGUAGAUCUUCUGUAGCUUUGAAGUAGCUUUUGAAAACUGAGGAGUGGAGGUGUGGUGGAGGCCGGGGAUGUGUGCCAGGCAGAGCCCAGAGGGGUAGAGAAGGGGAAUGAGUGAGGUGUAGUGCUGUCCCCACGUCUCCUUGUCACCAUUCCGGACUUCUCGAGGAGUGCAGCACUCAUAACAGACGAUCCUUAUUUCUUCAGCAGGGCUGGGAGGUGGGACAUGAGCCUGUGCAGAGAUGGAAAUCUGCAGGCUGAAAGUUCUACUCCUGACUCGGCUGAAGUGCUUUUUCCAUCUCUGAAGUGACUGAAAUCCACCUGCUUCAGAGCAGGAUGAAAAGCUUAUCGAACGUGUGUGAAGUGCUUUGAAAGCGGGCUGUGUAAGUGGGAGGGAAGAGCUGCCUUCCGUCCUAAAAGCGUCUCUUCAAGAGCUGUGGAGGAGAAAAAUAGGUCUUUCUUUAAAGUCUAGGUCUUGAGUAUACUGAAAGGCAUAAAAGAAGCAUAAUGCAGCACUUCACAAACACCGUAAGGAAACCCAGCUCAGGCAUGGCGGCUUGGGAAGGAGCUGCCAGGAGAUGCUUGAGAAGUGGAUGGGUUCUGAGCCCGGAGCAGGAAGCUGCAGCCAGGCCUGGAGAUCCGAGCUGCUCUUUGUCUGCUGUGAUCCCAGUGCUGCUGGGAGGUGGGAGGAGCGAGGCCUUCAGCCUUGGAGUGCUGCACUAUGGGGCAGUGCAUGCUGGCAGGCACUGGGCAGUGUGCUCCUCUGGUCUGGAGCUUUCUUGCAGUGCACGUUUGCUGUUUGGAUGGGCAAAGCUUUACCAGUCAGAUUUGAUGGUGUGUUCGGAAGGUGACUGAGCUCUUCACCUCAUGUGAUUUCUGCUGCCAGGCCCACAGCUCAGCUGCUGUAACGUCAUCUGGCUGCUGUUUGCUUGAGUCAGAUGCCGUCCUUGGGCUUACCUGCUCCAUUUUGCUGCCAUCACCAGGGCAGCAAGGGCUUGGCAGUGUUCAUCUUGCCUGCCUUCAGCCUAAAACCAGUGGCUUCGGAUGGCUCUGGGUGUGAAGCACUAUGUGAAAUGACACUUGUUGAAACCUGAAGUGGCUCUUUAAAACCUGACUUUAAUUAUCCUCAGCCUGUGCAUCACUGUAGGGCCAAGCUUGCUGUCUUCUGUUUGUGCCACGUUCCUCCUUAGCAUGUUGUUGAGGGGCUGCUUGGUAAAUCUCAGUUCUGUGCGAGCAGCCUCUCAACACUGGCUGGGCUUCCCUUUGUGUGACAUACAGUGCUGUGCAGGUUUGCACCGUGUAAAGAAUGAAAGAGGUCUUUAACAGAUGUUAUCCCUCCUGUAGCUGCUGUUUGAGGUUGGCUUCUUGUGGGGAAGAGCUAUUAUUAUUGCCUUUGCUGCAGGGAGAUGGAAGGAGCAGAAGUGGGACCUGUGAGCAGUGCUUGGUGUAUCUUCCUGAGUCCCCUCCACGAGCUGUGUGUGGGGCAUUGCUGGGGCUGAGAGGUGUUUUUCUUCAUUUGUAGGACAGUAAUUACCAAAAUGCCGCUGGUGGGUGUUUUUAACGGUGAGUUUUGAAAUGAGAAAUGGGAAAAUACACUUAAUAAUGAGAUCAGGAUCUAUCUUCUCAUGUAAAUGAAUGCAACAUCCUUCCAGCAGUUGGAGGUUUCUUGUCCUGGAGCUGAUGGUUGGCUGCAGCAGCUGGCUGUGAGUGGGCGCACAGCUGCUCCUCGUGUCGGGGUUCUGCUGGGGGCUGUGGGGCAGUGUGCUGACUUCGGGUCUUUCUGCCCUGAACUCUCUCCCAUCCCAUGGGAGCAGCAGCAUGCCGGGAAGUGGAGCAGCCCUGCUCUGCCAGGCAGGGAGGAUUUGGGACGCUCAAGGUGCAGUGGUGUCCCCAUGUCCUGGAGGCACCAGUGCUGUGCAGGCUGCCCACAUUCCCCUCUGCGUGUUGCAGCGAUUCCUUUGCUGCUGAAGGAUUUCUUAAUCCACAUGGAACAUCCUCCCUGACAUCUAAACACUUCCUCUGGUUUUAUCCUCAAGCCAGAUGCUGCAGUGCUGCCUUUGUGCCGGAGAAGCAGAAAACAAAAUCCACUGAUCCCAAAGCCUUUGUGUGGGAGCCCUGUGGUGGUCCUACACCAGCGCUGGGAGCAGUCUGCCUGCCCUGAGGAGCCAAGCUGUGCCAGCCUGCAGCCCUGUGCCCGCCUGCUGGGAGCACUGGGAGGCGUUGGAUGGCCCUCUGGGACUGCUCUGCACAACCCCAGCUUGGGAAACCACCCCUCUUGUAAGAGGGGAUGUGUGUGGUGUGCAUCACGGGGACAAGAAGUCCCUCAAGGUGAUAGCAGCUGCGGUGCUAAAAAAAAGGGAAGAAAGAGUCAGAAAGCCCCCACAGAAACUGGAGCACAAACCUAUCUGACUUUGGAGGAGAUGAGGGUGAAGGAAGGCGGGACUUGGGGUGGGAAGCCCUGCCCUAAUGAUCGCCACAGCCCAGAGGUGCUGUGUCAGCACACGGUCAGCGUGGUGAGCCUGAAGCCUGUGCCGGAGUGCCAAGCAGAUAGUGAAAGCCUCGAGUACAGCAUGAACAAAUACCUGCAAUAUUUAUUAACCACGGGGAGCUCAGAACGGGGCUAUGAUCCCUACAACCCUGAGCUGCCGAAGCCCUCGCUGGAGGCAGAGGAUGGGGCUCUGGCCGAUCUUACAGACAUGACACCUGGCAUCCUGGAGCUUGAACUGGUCAACAAAGCUAUCGAGGCAGUCAAAAAUGAAGUUGAGAGAGAGCAGAAAAAGUAUGAGGAGCUGCUGGAAACAACAAAGGAGCUCAGGGCCUCUGAUUCCUCACUUAUUUCUGAAACACCUGUGUCAGCUGCUGUGACACAAAGUGAUUUGUUUACCUCCUUAGAAUAUAAUCCAGGUAGCUACAACUUCAGUAAUAACUCCGACUACAACCCUACUCCUUUUGCUGCUGGCCAGUCAAGUAAAUACACUUUGGAUUCGUUGCGAUCUAAAGGUAACUCACUGGAAUACGUUCCCAAGGCUGUAGCACAGAGUAAAAAAUACAGCAGCACUGUCACUAACAAUAAAUAUGUCAUCGAUGACUCUAAGCCUUCUACCGACUUGGAGUAUGACCCGCUUUCAAAUUACUCAGCCAGGCUUUUGAGCAAAGCUACAACGAAGGAGCUGAAGGGGUCUAAAAGGGGAAGGGCCCCUAGUUAUGAGGAUCCCUAUUCUCCUUCACGAAAGAAGCUCUGUGAAGUACCCGACGAGUAUGAGGUGUGUGCCAGGUUCUCCUCCUCUGAAGAUGAGGCUGAUGCAGAGUACAAAUCGACUUCUGUUAGCUCUCCAUCAAAAGCUGGUUCAGAAAGUGAAUCAGAGGAUGGACUGUCCAACAAAGAGCGGAGCGCUGCGUCGGGUGACUUCUCUUCUCAGGGUAGUAAAGAAACUGCAGCAAAAUAUGGCAUGGAGGACCUUCCUAGUUCACAGAAAAUCCCUCCAAAAACUGCAUUGGAGAAGAAUGCCAAAGCAGCAAAAUCGUAUUCUGGUAAGAAUGACCAGGAAACUGAAAAUAAAAACAAAGAGUCAAAAGAUAAAACAAAGAGGAAGAAAUCAGAUGUUAGUAAAACGCCUGGCCUCAGUGAGGUUAGUAAGAAAGAGAAAAGUAAAAAUGCAGAAAAAGACAAAGUGGGCAAGAAAGAAGAAAAAGUGAAAACAAAGAAUGAAGAGAAAAACUGCAAAGACAAAAGUGUUAAAGUGAAAACUGAUGGGAAUUUAAAGAAAGCUGAUAAACACAAGUCAGAGAGAGUGGAUGAGCUGAAGAAAGAAAAAUCCAAGGGUUCCAGUAUUAGUUCAGGGAAAAGCAAGAGUGAGGAUGUCACCAAGGGCUCCAGCACGGAGAAGCUGGGUGGCAGCAAGAAAGAGUCUAAGCUGAAGACAGGUGAUGUGAAGAAUGGUAAGGAGACCUCUAGCAGCAAAAACAAAGACAAGGGGACCAAAACCUCAACAGUGGAGCAAAAGAAGGAAAAGGUCAAUCCUGCAGGAAAAGGAGAUCCAAAGAAGGGUCAGAAACAGCAGAGUCUGAGUCACGUUGACCUGUUUGGAGAUGAGAGUGGGGAUGAGGACGACAAGGGCAAACCUAUGCCAUCCACAUUACCUGAUGUGAGCUCAGACUCGGAUGGUGACAGCAGUGGUUCAGACUCUCAGAGUGAAAACGGAAAGACAAAGAGAGCAAAGCGUUCCAAGUUGUCAAAGUCAUCAUCGUCUUCCUCGAUGUCUGAUGACAUUGAUUAUUCCAUCCUGGAGAAGGACUUGGACUUUGAGACAGACCCAAUGGAAGAGUGUCUCAGGAUUUUCAAUGAAUCCACUGAUGUGAAAACUGAAGACAAGGGGAGGCUGGGGAAGCAGCCAUCGAAGGAAGAAGUAAAUAAAGAAAAGACAGAAGAAAAUUUAACCACCUUAUUUCCUGGCCAAAAACGAAGGAUCUCUCAUCUUGUCAAACAAGGAAAUGCAGAGGUCCCGAACAGACCUGUAGUCCGGCCGUACCGUCCGCCCACGGCACAGGAGGUGUGCUACCAGAGGAUCCAGCUGGCCCAGCAGCAAGCAGCACAGCUGGCAGUGGCUGUCCAAAAGGCCUCCCUGUCUUUGCCAGGAGAAAAGAGGAGGAUUGCUCACGUGCCAAAUGUAGCCCUUACUGCAGCGGUCAAACAAAGCCUGGUGAGUGGCAAGAAGACUGCUGCUGGCAAGAGUGUCACACCUGCCAAUGACUCCGAAGCUCCCACCCUUUCUCUGAAGGCUUGCACCUUAGCUGGGAUGGCUUCCAAGACCACCAGCACCACUGUGCAGAAAAGGAUAGCGCACGUUCCGUCCUUGCAGAGCGCCAGCUUACAGAGGCCUGUUAUUCCCACAGAAUUUGGUGCUAAAGUCCCAACAAACAUUCGUCAAAGAUAUCUCAAUCUCUUCAUUGAUGAGUGCCUGAAAUUCUGCUCCUCCUCCCAGGAAGCUUUUGAUAAGGCUCUGGCAGAAGAGAAGGUGGCUUAUGAGCGCAGCACCAGUCGCAACAUCUACCUGAACGUGGCAGUGAACACCUUAAAGAAGCUCAGGAGCCUCGUGCCCAAUUCCCCCUCCAGUACGAACAAAACAAGUAACAAGAAGGUGGUGUCCCAUGAAGCUGUGCUGGGAGGGAAGCUUGCUGCUAAGACCAGCUUCACCCUAAACCGGUCAGGGAGCUUGAAGGCAGAGGAUUUAACAGGAGCUGCCCUUUACCGUCGACUGAAGGAGUAUCUGAUGACUGAGGAGCAGCUGAAGGAAAAUGGUUACCCCAUGCCUCACCCAGAGAAGCCAGGCCGUGCCGUCCUCUUCACAGCAGAAGAGAAGAAGAGCACUGACUCCUCCUGCAGGAUUUGCUGUCGCUGUGGCACUGAGUACAUGGUCUCAGCCUCUGGAAGCUGCAUCCGCAAAGAGGAGUGUGUCCAUCACUGGGGGAGGCUGCGCAAGCAGAGAGUGCCAGGUGGAUGGGAAACUCAUUACAGCUGCUGCUCAGGAGCUGUGGGUUCAGCAGGUUGCCAGGUUGCUAAGCAACAUGUCCACGAUGGGCGGAAAGAGAGCCUUGAUGGCUUUGUGAAGACUUUUGAGAAGUUGCCUACAACUGAUGGUUACCCCGGAAUCUUCGCGUUAGACUGUGAGAUGUGCUACACUAAGCAAGGACUGGAGCUGACGAGAGUAACUGUGAUCAACUCUGACCUGAAAGUGGUAUACGACACCUUUGUCAAACCAGACACCAAGGUGGUGGACUACAACACCAGAUUCUCAGGUGUGACAGAAGAGGACCUAGAGAACACUAGCAUCACCCUGCGGGAUGUCCAAGCCGUCCUACUGAACAUGUUCAGUGCAGACACCAUAUUGAUAGGGCACAGCUUGGAAAGCGAUUUAUUUGCACUAAAGCUUAUCCAUGGCACAGUGGUGGAUACUGCGAUCGUCUUUCCCCACCGCCUGGGCCUGCCUUACAAACGGGCUCUCCGGACGCUGAUGGCAGACUACCUCAAGCGCAUCAUCCAGGACAACGUGGAAGGACACGACUCCAGCGAGGACGCCAGAGCUUGCAUGGAGCUGAUGAUCUGGAAGAUCAAAGAAGACUCGAAAGUGAAACGAUGACCUGCGCUUUCUCUCCCUCCUGUUCCUCCUCCACCUCUUUGAAGCAGUGCAAUAAAUGCUCAGAGUAACACUGUCCACCCGUACGCAGCAGCAUGCUACCCCAGACUCCCCGUGCACUCGCAGGUAUCUCAUGGACUGCUGCUGGUGCAGCUAACAGCACCAGCUGGCUGCCUGCAGGUCCCUGUGUCCACAUAGUGGCUCUCGGACCCUCUUUUCUCUGCCUGAGGGGUACUCUGAGGUACAAGAGUUGCCCCGUAGGCAUGGCAAGGUGGUUCUGAGCAGCACAGCUAGAGGGAACUCCGUGGUUCCUUUGGAGAAGCUUGUAGAGGUAGGUUGGAUACGUGCAGAAGGAUCUUUCUGGUUCAGUUCAAAGUAGAUUACUUUUUUUCCCCAAAUGUAACCUAAAUUGCUUUUGUAGUCCAAAGCAGUUAUCUUCCUGCAGUGUUGGGAGAGGGGUGGGCUGUGGAGUAGAGUUGGGCAGGAGGCUGUAAAGUGGAUUCUGUAGCUGAUGUGUGAGGGGUGGCGAGAGCAGAUGAAGCCAUCCUAUGAGAUCCAGUGCUGACCCACCGUGCAGCACAGCCAGGGCUGCAGUGAGGGAGUGCUUGUGGAGCAGUGAGGUGGGCUCAGGGAGCUCCCAGCUGAGAGCUGGCUAGCUGGUGAGUGCUGGCAGCCUGGUCCUGCGGGCUGGGCGAGGGAGAGCCCUGAGUGUCAGCCAUUGCCUGGACCUCGGGGAGAUGGAGCUGGGAUGGGUUGGGAUGGGAGGGCUCCAGGGCAGGAGCUGCGCUGAGGAGGGCAGCAGUGAAUACAGACACUGCCACAGGUCGGGAUGGGCCGUCCUGCCCCACACCCGGGCUUCCGGCGUGUCCCCUUGGAGCUGCUUGGGAGUGAGGUUUUGGGGAGGGCCUGGGUGCAGAAGGGUGGUCCUGAAUGCUCCGUACACGUGUACAGAACUGCCCCCUGCUCCAUCUCUGAUGGUAGGGACCCGAUACGCACCAGAGCAAAAGCAAUAGAUGAAAAUAAUCCUGUUUUUUUUUCGACUAGUUUACAUGUUGGGAGCUUCUAGAAAAGCAGAAGGCUCCGUUGUUGUUGUGUAAGGCUCCCUGGGACAAAAGCAGUGGUGUCUGUUGUGCACAGCAGUGGAUACCCCUGGCUGCUCGCUCUGCGUUCCCUCUGCUGGGUGGCUCUGGAGGGGUCCCGGCCUCAUUUUCUCCCCCCUGCAGCCGUGCAGCUCCUGCUGCUCCCCCGGUGCUCGCAGGGCACAGCACCCCACUGCACUGCCAGCACUGCAGCUGCUGGGCUUCCACCUGCAGCCAUGGUGGGUGUUUUUCUCCGAGCCCCCUCCCAUCCCCUGCAGGGAGCAGUGCUGUCCGCCCAGGCCCGGGGAGGGACAGCUCAGAGCUUCCUCAGCAGGGAGAGGGAAGCUUUCUCCUGCUUUGCCUUCCCCUCACUUAUCCCGUUUGUCUUCACCCCCGGUGGCAGCAGUGUCCUUCUGAGUUGGCUGUCGCCCCAUCCCGGUGGGGUUGUGUCCUGCUGGGGGCUGCUCGCUUGGCUUCACCCCUCUGUCUGCUCUUGGGGGGAGGGCACAGCAUCUCUGCAGCGCAGUCAGAGCCCGGAGAGAGGGCUGUGGGUCAUUCCCCGUUAAGGGGAAGGAGAUGGGCACUACAGGUGUGGGUGGGAGUUGGAGCCGUGUGUUGUCGUUGCUGCCCCAUAGCGCGAUGCUGCCGGCGCUGAGCAGCCCCUGAGCCCCCCUGGUGGGGGGGGAUGCUGUAAAGCAGAGGUUUGUGGCUGCCCGGAGGCGUUUGGGCUGUGUAUAAAUGUUGUAACCUGUCACUUUUUGUAAUUGUUUUUAAUAAAAGGGUGUUGACUACG